AUGCUACGCCUUUUGCUCCUCUCGUUGGCAGCAGUGUCCUCAGCGGCAGGCCUCGAUCUCGACGUCUGCUCCCUGCAAAAUAUCGGUUCCGACCAUGCCUCCAACAAGUACAUGUCCAAUGGCUGGUGCCACGACCAUUGUCAGGACGGCGGAUAUGCCGUCGCUAUAACUCAGGAAUUCAGCUGCUGGUGCACAAACGAUGUGCCAGCAGACACUUCUGAUCUGGAUAACUGCAACACCGGCUGCCCUGGCUACUCUCAGCAGGAAAACUGCGGUGGCGAUGGCUACUACGGUUACAUUUUCAUUCAAAGUCCGUCCAGAACCGUGGGGCGCCUGUCCACGAGUUCCCUGACGUCCUCGUCCUCCUCGUCCUCGUCAACAUCGUCCUCGUCAACGUCGCCUCCCACAUCGUCCUCUUCGGACCCUCCUACAACCUCCACAUCGUCCACACCAACGACAUCGUCCACACCAACGACAUCGUCCACACCAACGACAUCGUCCACACCAACGACAUCGUCCACACCAUCGACAUCUUCCACACCAUCGCUGACUUCCACAUCCUCUACCGUCCCUCCCCUGACCUACGAGGAGCCUUCGUCCAGCGAGACCACGACUUCAAGCACAAGUUCUUCCGCCUCUAGCUCCAGCACUUCCAGCUCGUCGUCUACAUCGACUUCAUCGUCGUCAUCUUCAUCGUCCUCGUCAUCGUCGUCAUCUGCCCCUGCAGAACAGGCCCUGGUGGUCACUUCCGUUCAGGCUACAACCGUCUACUCUACGGCCACUGCUGACGGCUCUGCAUCACAGGUGGUUUCUACCCGUUACAUUACGGAAGUUGCAUCCACCUCUUCCUCAUCGGCUUCGGCUUCGGCUUCGGCUUCGAGUGAAGCUAGCGGUGACGCAAACGGCGAUGAACAAAAGUCAUUUUUUGAUUCCACCGGCAAAGUUGCUGGCACUUUCACCGCCGUGGGUGUUGUAGUAGUUGGCGCCUUGGGAACAUUAUUAUACUGCUGUUGUUUCGGCGCAGGUCGCCGGAACGAUGACUACUCUGACGAAGAGAAUCAAUACUCUUCGGAUGAGCUAUCAGUGAACGGCGAGAAGGCUGUGGUGGCUGGAGGAGCGCAGUAUCACUCCAAAUCCUCGCUGCGCAGCUCAAACCUAAAGAGAGACAAUCUGAGCAAGUCGAUCCUUUCCAUCUUCAACCCAGGCUCGAACGGCAUGGCUGGUUCUCAUGUCGGCCGCAGCAUGUCAAAGAAGAAGCUCAAUCCAAAUAAGGAGCCUGCUCCGGACACUGGCGGGCCCAUCAUGUUCCCAAUUCUGGAGUUUGACAACCGUUUGGACCCACUGACCAUGUUCCAAAACUCCAAUGCAUCUAAAUUUUCCUUUGCCGACGAGAACGACUACUCUCGCCGUAUAUUGCAUGUCGCUAACCCCGAAUAG